CAUAACUCUAUAAACCUCAAUUGUCAAAUUUAGUUUGAAUGUGGUUAUUGAUUUUUAGUGAUAUUGCAAAAUUAAAAAAUCAGAAUAAAAGUAUUAAAUAUGGAAACAAAACUCGAGGUAUCCAACCAUAUAUCGAACUCCCAUCUUCAUGGAGAUAUGACAAUAAAUUCCACACGUCACAGCGAACAGCAACCAGGUGCACAUAAUUUCUACACUUUAGAUGAACCAAUAAAGGAGACAAUAUACCGUGAUGUUAAGGCAGUGGGAUUAAAAUUUUAUCAUGUUUUGAGUCCGACAGAAAAAUUUAGCAUAUUGAGAGAUUGGGACCUAUGGGGGCCGUUAGUUUUGUGUACGUUUAUGGCUACAAUAUUACAUGGUUCAGCUGAUAAUGUGCAUGACAAUGGUCCAGAGUUCGCUCAAAUAUUCCUAAUUGUUUGGAUAGGAGCUGCAGUAGUUACUUUGAAUUCAAAACUUCUAGGUGGAAAUAUCUCAUUUUUUCAGUCUGUGUGCGUGCUUGGUUAUUGUUUGACACCUUUGGCAGUGGCUUUAACAAUUUGUGCGGUGUUGCUUAAAGUAAAUUCUUCGAAAGUCAUUUUUGUUUUAAGACUCAUAACAACAAGCAUAGGCUUUUUUUGGGCUACAUACGCAUCAUUUAUGUUUCUAGGCGAUAGUCAGCCGCCAAAUAGAAAAGUGCUCAGUGUUUACCCAAUAUUUCUAUUUUAUUUUAUAAUGUCCUGGUUAGUAAUAUCACAUUCUUAAGGAUUAAAUAUAUAUAAAUUUAGAACUUAA